UUUGACAGAUCGAUCGUAUACAAAGGAAUAGAAAUGGGUGUGUUGUUGUGAUCUUUGUUUUUCUUUUGAUUUAUUAUCUCUCAUUUCUUAUUCAUAUUACUGUUUAACAUCCUUGAGUGGUGCAAAAUUAAAACAACACCUUGCUCAAUUUUAAGAAUCUAAUUUAGUUCUCCUUCUACCAAGAAAUUCUUGGAAAAUGCAAGAUACAAGACCAGAGUUAUACGAAGAAGUGAAGUUAUACAGAAAUGCAAGGGAGCGAGAAAAGUACGACAACAUGGCUGAGUUGUAUGCCGUGGUAAGCACACUGCAGCAUUUGGAGAAGGCGUACAUGCGCGACUGCGUGCGCGCACAGGAGUACACGGCGGCGUGCAGUCGACUGCUGGUGCAGUACCGCGUCGCCUUCAAGCAGGUUCAGGGGGAUGAGUUUCCCACUAUCGAGGCGUUUGUGGAUAAGUUCAGGCUGGAUUGUCUGGCAGCGUUGGAGCGGAUAAAGGAAAACAAGCCCAACCUGAUCAAAGACGAUAAAGGGAACACCAACAAGUACAUCGCUGAGAUUGUUUCUUUAUUCAUCACUCUGAUGGACAAACUCCGCUUGGAGUUCCGCGCUAUGGACAUGAUCCAGCCGGAGUUGAGGGAUCUGCGGGACACCAUGGACCGUCUCCUCAUGUUGCCUGACGACUUCGAGGGGAAACUCAAGGUACAAGAAUGGCUGGACAAGUUGUCGGAGAUGUCUGCAUCAGACGAGCUCUCCGAGGGCCAGGUCCGGCAGUUGGUCUUCGAUUUGGAGACGUCUUACACGGCAUUCAACAAGUUUCUGCAUAAGGAUUGAUCGCAAGGUACAGUUAGGCUCAAAAGUGUUGUGUUGUUCACAUAAAUUCACAAUCUAGGCUAUUAAUAUUAAAUUAUAUUAAAUUACAAGGUUAUUUAAAAAUAUAUGUAAUGGAAGAUCAUUUAUUUUGGUUGACUGGAAGAAAUCCCGAUUGGUAUAAGUCCGUUAUUGUACUACAUAUUCUUCUUAAUCCAAUGACUGUUUUGUAAUUUGUUAUAUUUCUUAUUUUAUGUGCAAUAAAGAGUAUAAAACAAUCAAUUAUAUGAAAAAGCAAAAUGAAGUCGCGUUAUUUUCGCUGUCUUUUUGUAUGCGCUAAUCUCUGAAAGUUGCGGGCGGAUUUGGUUCCUGUUUAAAAUGUUGGAAAGAGCAUUUUCUGAGGAAGAUUAACAUCUAUAAAUUCUACCCGUGCAAAGCCAGGGCGGGUCGCUAGUGUCAUUAUAAAGCUAACACUUCUUUUGCAAGAAUAUGAAAAGAUUAUAAUGGUCUCUGUGGCGCAGCGGUAGUGCGCUUGUCUGUGACACCGGAGGUCCCGGGUUCGAAUCCCGGCCAGGGCGUGAUGAGAAAAGAACUUUUUCUGAUUGUCCUGGGUCUUGGAUGUUUAUCUAUAUGAGUAGAUAUUUAUUAUAAAAUAUAGUGUAGUUGAGUUGGUAUCUCGUAACACAAGUCUCGAACUUGCUUCGAGGUUAACUCAAUCAGUGUAAUUUGUCCCGUAUAUAUUUAUAUAUUUAUUGAUAUGGCAAUUAAUGAGAAAUAUAUUAUUUUCGUGACAUUUCCAAUCCAUCUAUUUUUAUUUUUGUUAAAUUAUAAAUGAGAUAUGACUUAUCAGAAGUUUAAACUUUUUAAAUAACCUUGUGAUAUAUUAACUUAGGUCUUAUCACUAUUUAAAAGUAUAAUUAUACAAUUUUUAAUGGUAUGUACUACGUGUAAUGCAAUGAAUAAAUAUAUGGCUUUGUCAUAA